UUUGAUGUAUUUUGGCCACAUGAUGUUUGUCUUCGCCCCCACCAAGUUAGGGUGAGUCGCUGACGGGAUGGAUGCAGCUACCCUCACCUACGACACACUGCGCUUUGGAGAGUUUGAGGAUUUUCCAGAGACCGAGGAGCCAGUGUGGAUUCUGGGGAGGGAGUUCAGUGCCCUCACAGAGAAAGAUGAGAUCCUGUCUGAUAUUGCUUCACGUCUUUGGUUCACCUACAGAAGGAAUUUUCAACCUAUUGGAGGAACAGGUCCCACCUCUGACACAGGCUGGGGCUGCAUGCUGCGCUGUGGGCAGAUGAUUCUAGGACAGGCCCUGGUCUGCCGGCAUCUAGGCCGAGAUUGGAGGUGGAUAAGGGGCCAGAAGCAGAAGGAGGAAUACUUCAGCAUUCUCAAUGCCUUCAUUGACAAAAAAGACAGUUACUAUUCUAUACACCAGAUUGCCCAGAUGGGAGUUGGAGAGGGAAAGUCUAUCGGCCAGUGGUAUGGACCAAACACAGUGGCGCAAGUUCUCAAAAAACUGUCUGCGUUUGAUUCGUGGAGCCAACUUGCAAUGCAUGUUGCCAUGGACAACACUGUGGUCAUUGAGGAUAUAAAGCGGCUCUGCAUGCCCUGGCUGGACUUCGCGGGAGCCGCUGCCGCCCCCGGGCUGGAGGGGGAGCGGGAGCUGAACGGCUGCGCGGAGGGGGCUUGCGCGCUGGCCGGGGCGGAGGGGGAGGCCGCCCUCUGGAGGCCGCUGGUGCUGCUGAUCCCGCUGCGGCUAGGCCUGAGCGACAUCAACGAGGCCUACAUCGAGACGCUGAAGAAUUGCUUCAUGCUGCCUCAGUCCCUGGGAGUCAUUGGCGGAAAGCCCAAUAGCGCACACUACUUCAUUGGCUAUGUAGGAGAUGAGAUGAUCUACCUGGACCCUCACACCACCCAGCCUGCAGUGGAGCCCAGCGACGAUGGGCAGGUCCCUGACGACACCUACCACUGCCAGCACCCGCCCUGUCGCAUGCACAUCCGUGAACUGGACCCCUCCAUUGCUGUGGGCUUCUUCUGUCACACAGAGGAUGACUUUGAUGACUGGUGUAUGCGGAUUCGAAAGCUGUCUGGUAGCAGGGAAGGGCUGCCAAUGUUUGAGCUGGUGGACAGUCAGCCGUCUCAUUUCACCUCCUCCGAUGUCCUUAACCUUACUCCAGAUUUCUCAGAUUCAGACAGGCUAGAGCGGUUUUUCGACUCGGAGGACGAGGAGUUUGAGAUCCUGUCUCUGUGAGGAGGCUGCAGCUCCACCCCCGGCGCACAGUGAAGACUACCCUGCACGCCGCAGGGGGUGGGUGGUGGAGGAGAAGGGCUGUGGCCCUUCCGGCCAGCCUGCCAUCCAUGCCAGAGUCAUCCCGCCUGCCCUGGGCACAGCCUGCGACAAACACUGCUCUGUGACUUGCAUCCACUGUCAAGACUGUUUUUGUUGGUGAAGGAAGGCGGGGGGAACUAACUGUUCUUUUUUGUUUCAGCUCUGUUGUUUUCAAGUUGACAGAUUGCACAUUUGUUAUUUUGUUUUGUAUAAAAAAAAAGUUGCGCUGUACUUUUCUGGUGUGAAUCCAGCACAUUGUUAUCCAAGUUAAAUGUCCUGUUGUAUCUGCAUAGGUCCUGUGGACACGAUGUGCUAGCGGAGAACACAUGGCUGUAAGGCUCCAGGCAGCAGUAGGCUUGUUCUGUACUGUCACUGUGUAUGGCAAGGUGGCAACCAGAACUUCCCCAUGGAGAGGAAGAAUGGCCCAUGUGUUAAGUAUCCAAUGUCAGCUUUCACUUGCCUAAAGUUAAAUUUAGAGAAGUAUGUUUCUGGGCUUUUUUUUGUAUAAAUUCGAACAGUCUAUCACUGUGCUGUCAAUGCAUAAAGUAGUAAGCGACCAGGGAAUGUCAGUGUCUUCGAUUAUUCCUGGUGUUACCCACAAUGCUUGUGUGACAGCGGUUGGCAGAGUAUGGCAGUAUCUGAUCUUGUACUCAACAGGCAAUUCUGCAUUACCCCAUUCAAAGAUGAUUACCUACUGUAUAGAUGUUGGGUGAUCUCUGUAUCUAAAUUAAUGUGUAUAAAGUGUAUAAAACAA